AUGAAUUUAAGUGUCAAAAAAUAUUGUCAUUUAAAAAAAUAAUUUGCACAAUAAUUAUGUUUUUGUAAAAUACGAUAGUAAAAAAUUAGAAAAUAAUAAAAGAUAACAAAUUGUGUAUGAAAAACAUUGGUCUGUUGUUGUAAUACAAAUGUUUGUAGUUGAAACAUAAUUUAACUGAAAGAAAAUUCGGGAGGCAAAAAGUAGCGUAACAUCGUUAAAAAUAUCUGUUUCAUCAUAAAAAUGGCAAAAGAAACUACACAACAAAAGAGUGCUAUAGAUACCAGUAGUGGUCACAGAACUACUGGUCCCAAUACACAGCUUAUAGAAAAUAAAACCAAAGUACUCAAUGAUGACCCUAGAUUUAGGAUACGACCUUUACAGCAGGUGGCCUCUGCCUGUUCAGGAGCCAUGCUAACAGCUACUUUUAUGACUCCCUUGGAUGUGAUUAAGACCCGUUUGCAGGCUCAACAAACACAAAUGUCCAAUAAAUGCUUCCUUUAUUGCAAUGGACUAAUGGAUCAUCUAUGUCCUUGUGAUCCUAAAUAUCCCACAACAAAACAGGCGCAUCUUAAUGGUACCAUUGAUGCCUUCAUUAAAAUUAGCCGCUCCGAGGGUGUGGGUUCCUUAUGGUCUGGCCUAAGUCCCACCUUAGUAUCGGCCUUACCUUCCACCGUUAUUUACUUUGUGGCUUAUGAACAAUUUAAAGAACGUUUCCUAGAGUUUCACUACAAGUACCUUGCAGAUGUAAAGGGUUCCCACAGAGGCCGUGAUAUACCCUUCCUUAUACCUUUAUUGGCUGGUGUAACAGCUCGUGUAUGUGCCGUCACCGUUGUCAGUCCUGUUGAGCUAAUACGCACUAAAAUGCAAUCGGAAAAAAUGACAUAUGCCCAAAUCUCUUCGGCCAUACGGACAGUGGUACAAACACAAGGCAUAUUGGGUUUGUGGCGUGGUCUACCGCCCACUAUACUACGUGAUGUACCAUUUUCCGGCAUUUAUUGGAGUUGUUAUGAAACAAUAAAGUCACAGUUCAAUGUUGUUGAGCCCACCUUUGCGUUCAGUUUCGUAGCUGGGGCAAUAUCCGGUUCGAUAGCCGCUACAGUUACAACCCCCUUCGAUGUUAUCAAAACUCACGAUCAAAUAGAGUUUGGCGAGAAAGUGAUAUUUGCAGAUAAACCUGCCAAAGAUUUGCCCUCUCGGGGUAUGAUGAAACGUCUUGCAUCCAUUUAUGCUUUAAAUGGCCUACGUGGUAUAUUUGCUGGUCUGGGUCCCCGUCUUUUUAAAGUGGCUCCCGCCUGUGCCAUUAUGAUAUCGACAUUUGAAUAUAGUAAAUCAUUUUUCUAUCAAUACAAUGUACACCAUCAUAAUGAAAAUGUAAUAAUAGCAAGUAAAAAUAAUGUUUAACAA